AUGCGGACACUCACUAUCCUUACUGCCCUCAUAGGUGCAGUAUCGGCAGCCCCUUCUCUCAUUGCAAGAGCCGCAUCACCCUUUUCCGUGGCCAAGCCUGGAGGUGUUGACGAUAUCGUGAUUACGGCAAACAACACUCUCAACGGAACCUAUCAUAGUUCAACAACAGUCUCCAAACAGUUCAUCCAGACUCGGGCUCAGGCUGGACACCUGCCAAUCCAACUCGUCAAUAACUUCUCCGGCGGUCAGGUCAACGCCUAUAUUUCUGGCCUCGACACUGACAACAGAGUCGUUUUUGUCAGGGGUGAUGGUAGUCUUGUGUACCCCAGCUCUGGAGGCUCCGGCGUCCCUGUUCCGAUCAGCACCCCUAUCAACAUUGCGCUGCCUUCUCAGGGCAACUCCAUCACGGUGAAUGUGCCCAUUGUCAUCAGCUCCGCGCGCAUCUACUUUUCAGUCGGCGAUCUCCAGUUCUUCAUGGUCAAGAUUCCCAACGGCGAUGGCUUGGUGCAACCGUCCCAGUUCAACCUGAAGGACCCGAGUUCUGGCCUCCUCUGGGGCUUUGUUGAGCUCACCUAUACUACUGACUUGGCUGUCUACGCAAACAUCAGCUACGUCGAUUUUGUCGGCAUGAUCCUUAGUAUGAGCUUGAGUACCACUGAUGGAAGCGCCACCCAGACUACGAAAGGUCUUGGAGCUUCCGCACUCACCCAAAUUUGCCAGGGCUUGGUCCAACAAGCCAACGCUGACGGCUUUCCCUGGUACUCCAACUGCAUUACCAAUGAUGCCGGAGCUCUUGUUCGUGCGCUGUCUCCAAACGACUACAGUGUCAUCAAUCCAGCAGCCUUUCAGAACUACUGGAGUGCCUAUGUCGACCAAGUCUGGAGCCAUUACACCAGCACUCCUCUCACCAUCAACACGCAAACCUCUGCUGGUAGCGUCAAUUGCCAGGUUUCUGGCAACACCCUCAACUGCAAUGGCGACAACCGUGGCUACGCUAAGCCGACUGCAGGAGAUAUCUGGGGCUGCAACAGCGGACCAUUUGCCAUUCAGGGCGGCGACAAUGCCGUCCAUGUGGCUGUUGUUCCUCGUCUGUGUGCCGCCUUUGUGCGAUCUACCUUGCUACUCGCUGGUGGCAACGUUCAGCCAGGUCUGGGCCAGUCUUCAUACUACACACUCAACCCUACCAACCACUACAGCCGCCUCGUUCACCAAUUUGAGAUUGAUGGUCGAGGUUACACUUUCCCAUAUGAUGAUGUCAACCCAGAUGGUAAUGAGAAUGCUUCGGGCACUUUGGCUUCAGGGGCUCCCAAUGUUCUGACAGUCUAUGUCGGUGCUCCCCCGUAA